AUGGCUAAAAAGUUAAUUUUACUAAGGUGUGUUUUGAUUGAUGAUAUUGUACGGUACAGAAUAUCGAUCAGUAGUCAGAAAAAUGGAGCGAAGAUGAAUGUAGCAGAGAUGAGAAUGCUUAGAUAGUUAAACGGAUAAACAGAAUCACUGAAUAGAUGAAAUAAUGUUUUAAUAACGAGCUUAAUGAGUUUUUGAGGGUAUCAUAACGGUAAUAUACGCAUAUUAUACAACAAAAUAAUAUACUACAAUAAAAUAACGUUUGGGCAAUUUGUUUUCCCUAGAAUUUUGAAUGGCCGCUUACAAGACGAUUAGAAAAAGAUGAUGUGCUCAUCGUGCAACUGCUCAGCCAUCAGCGACACCAAUGCGACAAGACUUUGGGAUAUUACACUCUGCCCAUGGACAGGGUGGUGGUUGAAGGACAUGUUCAUCUGGUUGACUCGUUUUCGGCUAUAAACGACAGAAAUCUUCCGGUAAGUUGACCACCUAACUUAAAGCUCUUAAAAAGUUUAAAAUGAUCAAAUCGACUUGUGAUUAUUUUUUUUAAACACUCUUCAGUUGUGACAUUAUAAACAUAGUUCACAACAAUCAAUAUCAUUUCCCAUUUUAUCUUAAAAUUCUCGCUUCUUAAGAAUUUACAUUUAUAUCAAGUAUAGGUGAUAGAUAUACUACCGGUUUCAACGGAUUACAUUACAUGCGCUUGAAUUAGUCCACAAAAAACCUGCAUUUGCAUAGUUUUCUAGGAAUUUUUAUCCAUACCUCACGUUAACCUUCUUACCUUAUUUUAUGUCUUGAAAGUUAAAAAAAAAUGUUAUAAAAUUAAUAUUUUAGCGAAACAAAUAAAUUUUUCAAAUACAUUUUUACUUCCAACUUAAUUAUCAUAUAAAUAAAACUAAAUAAUAAAAUAUAUUAUUAAUUUUUUCCAAGAUUGUUUUAUUUUAUAUUUGAACUGGUUUUAAUAACUAUUAUAAUAAAGUACUACCAAUAUUUUUGCGUACCUAAUGAGUUUUGAUAAGACUUAAUUUCCAGUUUCGGCUUUCAUCACAAUAUCAAUGAAACGUACUCACGAUUGUUGUUUAGCUCUAAAUUUAUAAGGUAUAUGCGGUCUGUAUUGUCCCAAUUUUUUUAUAAAUGUCAGAGAAUAUCAUAAUUAGUUCAGUCGUAAAGCAUUCUAUUAUUUAGCUUAUGAAAAAUUAAUAUUUUUUACCUUUACCCUCGUCGUUGUUGUCAGUGUUGUCACCUACCUAAAAAUAUCGUUCCAUUGGUUCCACAGUCGAAAUGUUCGUUAUAUACACACUCAAAAAGUAUAUUCAUUCCUAUAUAAUUUGUCUCGGGCCUAUGCAUUUUUCUUAAAUUGAACCCAUUAAAUUAUAAUAUGUACAUGUAUAAAGUAUAGGCCAGGAUACACAAUUAUUACUCUUCUAUAUCAUCAUCAUAACUUGAUUUGAAUUGGCACUUAUAUAUUUUCUUCUUUCUGGUUCGUUAAGGAAAAUAUAAAAAAAAAAAAAUUUUAUUAUGAAUCUGUAAUUUUAGUGAAUAUGUAGUGUUUUUAAAAAAAAUUAAAGGUUCCGUUUGUUAUGAAAUACAAAAAAAAACUUUCUUUUGUUUUUUUUUUUUUUUUUUUAUAAAUUUGUGAAUCGAUUUUCUAACAAGAACUUGUAUAGAUUCAAAGAAAACAAACACCGCUAAAGCAAUGCGCAUUUUAUUCUUAUAAUAACCGAUCAAAAUAUUUACAGUAAAAGAAAUUGAACGACGAAAUAGUAUAAAAUGUUUCUUAGACGCGUAUUUAUAUAUACUCGCAGGAGGCAUAAUGUCGUGGAGAGGGUAGCUCGUAAAACGAGUGAAGGACAAAAGGAGAAAUUAUUGCGAUAAAAAAAGAGAAUAAGUAAUAAAAGAGUGGACGUGUUGUUUACGAAUCGUUAUAAUGGAGGGAACCAUUGUACCGGUCGUCGUCGUCGUGUCAUUAAACCUAAAGGUAUACAAUAACGAGGUGUCGUACCACGUAGGACGUAAACGUACACAAACACGACUGGCCGGUGUUGAUUAUUGUUCUGAAACGAUUUUGGGUGCCUAACCUUAACUAACCUUACAUUUAUUGUGCAAGAAUGUGGAUGAUUAUAUAAAACCUAGAAAAUCUUGUUAUAGAAUAUUUCCAUUGUUUUGAUGUAGGAUAAAUGAAAUUGCUUUUAAACUAAAGCUGCAGCUUUAAAAAAAGCAUUUUAUAAUUUUCCAUCUACUAUUAUUCCAUUUAUUAAAGUCCGAUGUCGUGGGUAUAAAUAUAUUAAUUUAGUACACAAUCGACGAGCUACAACAACAACGAAUAAUUUAUUUUAACCUUCAUAUUAGAUAAUAAGUAGAACAAUAAAAGUAUUAGUUUUACUAUGAUGUGUAUUUAUAAGUUUUCUAUUUUUAUUAUUUCUGUGUGUAACUUUUUAACGGAAAUUUCGCAUUUAUUAAAAACGUACAAGAAACUUUUUUUUGUUGCAUUUUGAAUCUAAUUCAUUAAUGAGAAAAUUGGUAUUUUUAAUUUUCUGCGUAGUCUUUCCAAUAAUUGGGAAGCCUAAGAAACCCGUAAAAAAAAAAAGACCGCGAAGUUUAAGGCAUUAAGGGUUCCAUUAUUUUCAAUUAUAGUAUUUUGCUCUCCUAAGGUUAAAAAUAAUCACAGAGUGAUUAAAUUUUAAUAGAUAACAUUUAUAUUAACUUUUUGUAGAUGUGGUACAAUUUUUUAAAUAAUCUACAAUUUGACAUUUUUAAGUUUUUUAUUUUUAAUUUUAUUUUAUAUAGUUAAAUUGUUUAGCCAAAAGAAAUUCGUGAUAAUUUAACAAGAAGCCUAUUACAAGUUGUAGUUAGUGGUAAGAUAAAAAGAAGUUUAGUUUAA